UUUUUACUCUCUGGCAUUUUGUUUUACGGAUCUAUUGAGAUUUAUCCUUCGUUUUAAUAGAUCUCAUCGUAAUUCUUCCAUUUCAUUGCAAUGCUGAAACCCUAGCCCAUCAAACCUCUGGCUACGUAUCUGAGGAUCGUAAACAUUUUUUCGCUCUACGCCGUAUUAUCUAUUAUCGCACUGCAUUCAUCACCAAAUUUGAAAACAUACAAACAGUCUGGUACAAGAUGUCACCGCCACUGGCUGUUGAGGUUCCCAAAAGUUACACUGGAUCCGAGAAAGCUAGCUAUCCCAAGAACGAGAACAAUCAAACAAUCAAACUCGAUGAUGCCUUGGAGCUGAUUGGAUUCGGACGGGCCCAGGUGGAGAUCGUUUUGCUGAGUGGAGUGACUAUUAUGGCCACUAUAUGUGAAACUAUGGGCAUAAGUGUGAUCCUGCCGGCAUCGAAGUGUGACAUACCGAUCAGUACCGGUAAUCAAGGGCUUCUCAGUGGAGCAACGUUUCUUGGCAUCGUAUUAUCGUCUUAUGUGUGGGGUUAUCUGUCCGAUACACAAGGUCGGCGCAAAAUGAUGCAGUAUGGUCUGUACGCGACCGGAGUAAUUGCGGUAUUAUCUAGUUUUGCCAACGAUUUCGUCUCGCUGCUUGUGCUUCGUUUAAUUGCAGGAGUUUGCAUAUCGGCACCAUCUGCAACGGUUUUCGCAUACCUCGGGGAAUUCUGCACACCGGCAAGACGAGCGCAAAUGAUUUCAUAUGCUUCCAUAGCGGCAAUGAUAGCAAUGGGUUACAUCGCAUUGAUCGGUUGGUGGAUUCUCUCCUAUGACUACGCUCUGGAGCUUGGGGAAAACUACUUCUACAAACCGUGGCGACAGCUGUUUAUCAUGUAUACCAUUCCUGGACUGAUAGCAGCCCUUACAUUUCGUUUAGUUCCGGAAAGCCCGAAAUUUUAUAUUGCCAUCGGGAAAAGACAACGCGCUCUUGAAGUACUGCGGCAUUGCUACGCCAAGAACAGAGGAUCACUCUUGGGAUUUUCGGAAUACCAUUUGGAUCCAGAACCGGAAAGCUCUUGCCAGAAGGUGGGACUUCUUUCGUCAUUACGGCAGCAGACUCUACCACUGUUGAAGUGGCCUUUGCUUUUGUAUUUCUUGGUUUGCUGUCUACAGCAGAUUAGUGCAUUUGCUGUAUAUGGCGGACUGGGUCUAUGGUAUCCAGAGCUUAUGAAUCAAGUGACCUCAUCCACGGACAACCUAUCCAUCUGUGCAGUAGUGGAACGAGCUCAAGCGAAUAAAUUGGCGCAAAUCGCACCGGACGGAAAUUGCAUUGCAAUCGUCAACGAAGAAACGUUCAUCUAUAUCCUGAUUUUGGCAGCGUUUGGAACAUCAUUCUCCGUUAUCAUUUCUUUUCUGUUGAGCAUUGUCAACCAGAAAACAAUGACGGUUUUUAGCUUUUUGGUGGCAGCUGGAGCUGGAGUUGGACUGCUAUUCACAACGGAUCGCUAUUUGAUGGCUGUGCUGUUCUGCAGUGAAGUCAGUUUGGCAGGAUAUACGAUGGUACUAGUCAAUGGAACUGCCGUUUCACUAUUCCCGACGCACAUAAGGGCCAUGGCUGUGUCGCUGAGCAUGAUGAUGGCCCGGCUGAGUAGUUUCACAUUCAGCAGCUUGGUUGGAUUGAUAGUGCAGGAUUAUUGCGAAGCGACUUUCUACAUGUUUUCUGGUAUUUUGGUCGUAGGUGCUUCUCUGAUAGUAUUUUUGCCUAAGAAAAAUUAGAUUAUUGUAAGACCAGAAUAGCGAAUUGUAAAUGGCGCGCUACAUAAUCAAUAUGUCGAUUGAUAGCUAUUCGUCUCCGUGUUAUGAUUCAAUUAGUGUUUGAUAAUGUUCUUAAGAUCUGUGGUGUCACUAUGUUUUAUAUGUUGCUGUGUGUUAUAAUGUUCUUUACAUCUAUGAUAAGUAAUAAAGAUACUGAAUAAUUAUUUAUAUUUUGUUUGAAAG